AUGCCAAAGCAUGUAUUGAUCUCUUCUACUCAAGAGUUUCAAAAUAAAAGAAGAACUCCAAAUACGCCUCAUAUUCCACUCACAAAUGGUUCUAAAACAAAUGUUUUUAAUGGCCAUUCAAAUGACAAUAAUAUAGCUCAAAGUCAAGCCAAUGUUGUUUCAGCUUCAAUCAAUGAAUAUGAAUUAGUUACUUCACAAACUUGGGCUCAAAUUGGUUCAUGUUCCAUUAGUUUAGGACUUUUCAAAAUAGCUAUAAAGGCAUUCGAUAAUUCAUUAAGACAUUUACCUGAUAAUGUGGAAUCAAUAGUUGGUUUAUCACAAGCUUUAAAAUUGGAUCAAAAUGGAUCUGGUUUAGGAUAUAAACAAUCAACAGAAUUAAUUAUUUCUGCUAUACAGCAGUUUAGAAAUUUGAGUAAUGAAACCAAAUUAUGGAAAGAAUUAAGUAUUUCUCAUAUAGGUCUUAAGGAGUAUGAACAAGCCCAUCAAGCCAUCACAAGAGCUUCAGGAAUACAACCAAAUGAUACUGAAUUAUUAUAUAUAAAUGCAGAAAUUUUACUCAAAUCAAGAAAUUAUAAUUAUGUUAAACAUAUUUUACAUACAAUUUUAUCAAUAUAUCAAAAUAAGGCAACAGAACUUAUAACAGCAUUUGAUUAUGAAAUCAUUGGGAAUACACAUGCCAAAUUAGCACAAUUAUUCAUUUUAGAGAAAAAUUAUAAAUAUGCUAUUAAUGAAUAUAGAUUAGCCAUUUCAAGUCCAUUACCUUCAAAUCGUGAUAAAUAUGAAGAAUAUGCAUGUAUAUGGAUAAAUUUUGCUCUUUUGAAAGAAAGUUUGAAUGAAUUUGAUGAAGCUUUUCAAAUUAUAAAUGAUGCAUUACUACACAUUGGACUCAUUCCAAGAUUAAUGAUUGCUCGUGCUUAUUUCUUAUUAUUACCUUCAACAAAAUUUUAUGAUCCAUUAUCAGCUAUAAGUUCAUUAGAGAAUGCUAUAAAUCAAUGUCGUUCUGAAGAUGGUGAAGAUAAUACGGAUUUUUUAACAUGGUACAUUUUAGGUCGUGCUUAUUCAUUGAUCGAUUCACCAAGACAAGCAUAUGAUACUUUCCAAAUUUCUCUUGGUAAAGGACCAAGUUCACCAUUACCUUGGUUAGCUGUUGGUUCAUUAUAUUUAAAAUUAGGUCAAUUACCAGAUGCUUUAGCUGCUUAUUCACAAGCUGCUAGAUUACAAGUUGAAGGUCCAGAAGCUACAAUUCCACAAAUUCUUGCAUCAGCAACUGCUUGGGAUGGUUUAGCAUGUGUUUAUGAACGUUGUGAUGAUCAAGCUCGUGAUGCAGCAGAUGCCUGUCUUCGAGCAUCUGCUUGUUAUAGAAAUGCAAAUGAUUUAAGGGCUAGUCAACAAGCUGAACAACGUGCACAUUCUUUGACAGCUGCUUCAAGAGGUGAAGCACCACCUCCAGGAUUGAAAGGUCCUCCAGAUACCCCAGUUAUGCUAUUGAGAGAUUUGAUUGGUUUAUCAACUAAAGAAAUCAAUGAAUUAUGUCAAGAGAAUCAACCAGAAGCUCAACAACAACAGCAACAACAACAAGCUCAGCAAGCUCAACAACAAGCCCAUCAACAACAAGCUGCUCAACAGCAACAACAACAGCAAGUUGCACAAGCUCAAGCCAUGCAAGCUGCUCAAGUUCAGCAACAACAACAGCAACAACAACAAAUCCAAGCACAACAACAACAACAACAACAACAUCCUUCAGCUCAAAGACCACAUGCACAACUUUCAGCACCACAACCUCAACAACAAAUCACACAACAAGGACCACCAGCUCCACAAAUUAUUAGAUCAAGUCAGACAACACCUAGAAUAGAAACACCAAAACAAUUCCAUCAUUUACCAUUACCAAGACAAUCAUUAGCUGGACGCUCAAAUACCCCAGAUAUUAAUGAUUCUUCACCACGUCAAAUCACUACACCUCAACAGCAACAACAUCAAGUACAAGUUCAAGGACAUCCAGUUCAACAAGUUCAUGUUGGACCACAAGGUCAACCUCAACCUCUUCCACAAGGACAACCAAUUGUUCAACAUCAACCUGGUCAACCACAAACUAUUUAUACACCAGUAUCAGGUGCUACACCUGUUUUACAACAUAAUGGAUCAUUACCUCAACCUCAACAACCACCUCAAUCACAACAACAUGUUCCACAACAACCAAAUCCACCUACCCAAGGUUCUACACCAGCUCAACAUCAUCCUCAACAUCCACCACAAGGUUAUCUUGUUGAUGUCAAUCAUAGAGCAGGGUUACCACAAUAUCAAACAACAUCAUCAGGAGUUGUUCCACAACCAACAAUUAUCACAACAGGACCACCACCACCACAAGGAGCAGUUCCAGUUCCAGGAUAUCCUGGAUUAUUAGCUACAAAUAAUGGACAAACACAACCAACGGGACAAUACCCACCUCCACCUCCACCAGGUUAUACCUAUGUUAAUGGUGCUACAACUGCUGGUGGUAACUAUGUUCAAUGGAGAUGA